AUGAGGAAUCCCGCCAUUCUUCCAUUUGUAUCGCCUAAUUAUGAAUUCGGUAACAUUAAUUACGAGCUCCAAACGUGGAAUGAAAAUCUCCACAACAUGAGUUCUGGCUUUUGCUUGGAGCCCAAGUUCUUGGACAAUCAUGAAAACCAACAAAGAGUUGAAAACUACUCAUUUCCCAGCUUUCAGUCAUCACUUGUCACCUAUCAACCAGCAGUUUUUCCAUCAAGUGUCUUUAGCUCGUGUGAUCUUGACAAUACCUCCCACCACCAGUCAAUGUUGCUUGGCAAGAAGAUUUUGGCUUCACAACUUGAUAUGGAAAUUCAGGCUAUUCGAAAUGCAAGGAAACGUCCAAUUGAAGUUAAUAAUGACAUCUUCGCUAAAAGUGGCAUUAGCGAGCUGCUCAGUGACAGGACAACUUUGAAUGAGUGGGGAAAAAACAAAAGAAGCAAAGUGACAGGAAAUAACCAACAAUGGCAACACCAAGUGAUGAGAGAAACAUUAACAGGAAUGCACGAGCACAAGGUGCAGGAACUGCCUGUAAGGAGAAGCCAAAAGCUCACUGACAAAAUCACUGCUCUUCAAAAGCUGGUUUCCCCCUAUGGCAAGACUGACACUGCAUCAGUUCUUCAAGAGGCUUCUCUUUAUAUCAAGCUUCUUCAGGAACAAAUUCAGCAGAAUCUGUUUCGGAUGCUGAGCAGCUCAUAUGAUAGUAGUGUUAGAAGCCUGCCUCACUCACAGAAAGUGACAAUUGAUCAAGAGCGAAUUGAUCACAAAUAUCAACGUUACUAG